CAACCCCGCCGCAUGGCGUCAGAAACGCCGAAAAAAAAAUCUUCUUAAACAUUUUGGAACCGGCGUGAAAGUUAUAUUGGUUAAAUACAUCAUUUAGUGGGCAACUUGGUGAGAGAAAAGGGUUUCUUGUGCGAGUUGUUUACAGUUUUUCACGCUCGUCUGGAUUGAAAUGCGUGGUCUAUUUUAAUAGUUUUCGAAUCUACAAUACGUCAACAAAUUUUAUUUAUUAUUUUGUCAGUAUCUUACAUUAAUUCAGAUCCAUGGCGGGAGUUGAUCAACUAAAGAUGGAGGAAUUAGACCAUGAAGCAUAUGAAUCAGAAAACCUCCAAGAUACCAAUGACUUUACAGGGGAUAAUGGUGCUGGAGAUACUGAUUCCAUGAUGGAAGACCCUGAGCUGGAAGCAAUCAAGGCUCGUGUUAGGGAGAUGGAGGAAGAAGCUGAAAAAUUAAAAAUGCUGCAAUCAGAGGUGGAGAAACAAAUCAACAGUCCAACUGGUGUUGCAAGUUCACCCAAUAUGUCAGUUGAAGAAAAAAUGGAAGUUGAUGCCCGCUCAGUCUUUGUUGGAAAUGUUGAUUAUGGGGCAACCGCAGAAGAAUUAGAACAACAUUUCCAUGGCUGUGGUUCCAUUAACAGAGUUACCAUACUCUGCAACAAAUGGGAUGGCCAACCUAAAGGUUUUGCCUAUAUUGAAUUUGGAGACAAAGAUUCUGUUCAAACUGCCAUGGCACUGGAUGAAUCUCUAUUUCGGGGCCGACAGAUCAAAGUCAUGUUAAAACGUACCAACAGACCAGGAAUCAGUUCUAGCAAUAGACCUCCAAGAGGUGCUAGAGGUCGUGGGGCUAGAGGAACUCGUGCGUUCCCUUCUUUCGGAUUCAGACCAAUGAGGAGACCUAGAGGUAGGAGAGCAGCAUUUUUCGCACCUUAUUAAGCAAGACUUGCCCGUCGUAUUUUUUUUUGUCUGCCCAAAAUUUAACAAAGUUUCGUUUGAAAGCUGAUGAGAUGGGGAAGGGGUAUGAUUCGUGAAAAUCACUUGACCCGGGCUCCAUUUUUAAGGAAAUUCUGAUGCUGCUGAUGUCUCUUUUGUUGAAAUGGACUGAAGUGAGAACUGUUUUUAAAAGAAUUCUGUGUUCUGUACUUGACUGCACGUUGGGAUCACGUGCGAUGGAUGGAAUGGAAUAAUACAAUUGUGGACAACUGUCAA